AUGCCGAACCAGAACUUGACAGAUCAUUCUGCAUUCUCUCUUGAAUGCUUCAAUCUGGACGUUAAUUUAGAGACAACAAAAACACUGCUCGUCGCGCACAUUUUAACAUCGAUCAUCAACUUUCUUUCAUCUCUUUCGGCUGUGAUUGGUAAUGCCGCCAUAAUUUUCGCGGUAUGGAAGACCCUAGCUCUUCAAACGCCUUCGAACAUUUUUCUCUGUGGUUUGGCGUUCAGUGACUUUACCGUUGGCCUGCUCGCUCAACCUGCUUUUGUCGUCCACAAAAUCGGCGAAAUCUUCAAGAUUUUCAACAUAUACUGCACGACCAGGAUUCUCAUAGAAUCCCUCGGGUUUCUAACGGCUGGAGCUUCGGUUUGUACUAUGACAGGCAUUGCUAUCGAAAGAUAUCUAGCACUCUACCUACAUUUGCGUUACAGGCAAGUGAUUACCACAAAGCGGAUACUUGGUUUUGUUGUGUUGAUUUGGACCUUUUAUAUUUUGUUUGCCGCGUCUAGGUUCUGGAUUGCAAAUGACAGCAUUUUUAACAAUAUCUUUAUUUCAAUAAUACUUGCUAACUUGGUUUUAUCAUUCCUGGCCUACGCUAAGGUUUUUAAGUACGUUAAGCGACACGAGAAUCAGAUAAAAGAGCAAAACACAGGUCGCCCAGAGUUUGGUGUUGUAAAUCACCGUUUACUCAGGAUGAAACGUUACAAGAAGUCUACGCUGACAAUGUUAUACAUCAUUGGAGUCUUCAUUAUCUGCUAUAUACCUUUACUUUGCGUCAGAAUUCUUUACAGGACGGAAGGUUAUACCGCAAAUGUAAAGACAGCUAAUCUUUAUACCACCACAAUCGUGUUCCUGAACAGUUCAUUGAACCCAAUGGUUUAUUGCUGGCGUAUUUCCGAUAUCCGUAGUGCAGUCAAAGAAAUCUGUUGGCGCCAACGUUUUAGAAGGAAAAGUGAAGUUGUCGUUUUAAAAUCAAGCGCAGAAUUUCCUCAAAGGCCUAGAAUUAGCAGUUUAAACAUUACGCGCGCCUCAGUUAGCGUAAUGCCUCAUUUUAAUGGGUGA